UAUAUUUUCGCGGAAAAACAGUAGAGAUGGCCGGAUAUCUGGAGCUUUUGAUUCCUUCGCUUUAGCUUAGAAGCAAAUGUUCCUAGCUUUUGUUUCAAGAUCAAGUCGGAGAGCAAACUGCAGGAGCGGAGCGAUUUCCGAAAUUUCUUUUCUGGCUUCCUCUUCUCUCGGAUGGAUGCCUUCUCGCUGAACGCGAGACAGUCGGCGAUCCUCUGGCUCGCCGGCUUCAGGGAAGCUUGCUCCCUCCACCGUGUCUUCAUCUUCUGCUUCAGUUCGAAGGCCCUCGCAAUCCGAACCGGGCAGUGCUUCAUGUUGAACGGUCUUAUCUUCCUAGGAAGUUUGUUUAUGUUCAAUUCCGUGGUCAUACCAACUUUGUUAUGGAUUUUGCCGAGUGAAUGCGGGCAGUUUGGUUCAGAGCACUUAUGUCAGAGUGGAACGGCUUUGGCACUCUACUCCUUCACACGUCAUGUGCUUGUUGAGUUAUUCUAUCUUUUCUGGUUCUAUCCACUAUAUGGAUUCAGCAUUAUUCUGAGCAACAUGUGGUAUAACAACAUUGCUAGGCAUGCUUUUGAGGUUCUCAAAAGUAAAGGGUUGCAUCUGGCAAAAGUUCCUGCAGAAAGAUCUUCAUCUGACAAUCAGAAUGGCAUGUAUUCAAGCAGACCUAGUGGGCUUGAGGGGGUUGUGCUUGGAAUUGGAGAACAAUUAUAUUCAUUACUUUUGUUAAGCUUUUUUUUCAUUGAGGUUGUUGCAGCUCUGCUUAUACCCUACAUUGGCACAGGAAUUAGUUGUUUGCUCAAUGCAUGGAUGUAUGCAUAUUACUGUUUUGAGUAUAAAUGGAAUCUUUCUGAACUGAGCUUAGACAGACGGCUCGAGUUCUUUGAAACAAACUGGGCCUUUUUUGCAGGAUUUGGAAGUCCUUGCGUGCUAGCAGUAUGUUUUUUCUCUCGACUUGUAAGCUAUGGAGUUAUGGCUAUGCUUUUUCCUUUGUUUGUAUUGACAGCAGCAGGUAGCCAAGCAGAGCAAGUUAUUGAUUUUAUCAGAAGAGACUGGAGUGGAGGAGGACCUGGAAAAUUUCCAAUAUUUUAUGCAGCAGACACACUGUCGAUGUUAGUGCUGCGUUUCUUCCCCAAUGUCCGAAGGGACAGUGACCAGUUCAGCUGAAUUCUAUCAUCAGGUCUUCCUUCCAUGAAAAAGAUUAUUGAAUCCAGAUUACAUCGUUCUUCUAUGGUGACAUUUCUUUGUACAAAAGUAUAAUCUUAUUCUGUAAUAUGACUAUCUUUUUAACUGUAAAUAAUGUGUAUAGUAAGAUGUUUUUUUUUUCCAUAAUCUGCCCAAAAACCGGUAAUUCCAAGCUCAGGUCCAAGUAAAAAAUGGUGGUCAAGUUCAUCUUGGUGAUGUAUUUCGUAAGUUCAUUCUGCUGUGCGUUGGCGUAUU